UACUUCGUUAUUCUUACCUGUUUCACAGCGGUCGAUUUGUUUUGGUUCAUGUUGUAGCUAGGCAGGAACAGAAUGCAAGAUCGUAGAGCCAAGGUCCACCUUAUAACUCAGUGGGUCCACAACAGCAAUUGGUCUUAGGAGAAAUGUUUCUGACUCGCUGCCAAAUAUACUGCUAAAAAAACUCCUCUGUGUUUCAUCGCCAUCCCUUUGACCAGCCCCCGCGAUUCGCUCCUACCGAGUCCAAAAGCGAACGUUAGCUACUAAGCUAACCAAACUGGCAGUUUCACCCAUGUCCUAUGAGGAAUGGUUGAGUUCAACGAUCACGGAUUGGCUUUUCUUCAAUUCCUGGUGGCUCCUUUUGCCUUUUAUCAUGCUUCUAGUCGUUGCUGCAUUCAUCGUUGCCUUCGUGUUGCUGUUGUAUAUGAUAUCCCCUUUGAUUAGCCCAAAACCUCUCAAAUUAAAUGGGGCACACGUCGUGGUCACUGGAGGCUCCAGUGGAAUAGGGAAAAGCAUUGCUAUGGAGUGCUACAGACAAGGAGCCUUCAUCACACUAGUGGCAAGAGACGAGAGUAAAUUGGUUCAAGCGAAAAAAGAAGUAGAGAAAUGUGCAAUUAAUGACAAGCAGGUUGUGCUCUGCAUAUCAGUUGAUGUGUCCAAGGACUACAGACAGGUGGAAAGUGUGAUUAAGCAGUGUCAAGAGAAGCUUGGUCCGGUGGACAUGCUGGUGAACUGUGCUGGGACGUCCUUCUCUGGGAAGUUUGAGGAGGUGGAGGUGGAGGUGGAGCGCUUCAGAAGUCUGAUGGGGGUGAACUACCUGGGCAGUGUGUAUCCCACACGGGCUGUAAUCACCACUAUGAAGGAGCGGAGGAUGGGACGCAUCAUGUUUGUCUCCUCCCAGGCUGGCCAGAUCGGCCUGUUUGGCUACACUGCCUACUCCCCGUCCAAGUUUGCCCUUCGUGGUCUGGCUGAGUCCCUGCAGAUGGAAAUGAAGCCAUAUAAUAUCUAUGUGACAAUUGCCUACCCCCCUGACACUGACACACCAGGACUAGCAGAGGAGAAUAGGACGAAGCCUUUAGAGACCAGGCUGAUCUCCGAGACGUCUGGGGUGACUCAGCCGGAGCAGGUUGCUAAAAUCGUGGUCAAGGAUGCUGUGCAGGGGAACUUCAACAGCUCUGUGGGGCCUGACGGAUACAUGCUCUCGGCUCUCACCUGUGGAAUGUCACCUGUCACCUCCAUCACAGAGGGCCUCCAGCAGAUUGUGACCAUGGGGCUGUUCCGGACCGUUGCUCUGCUCUACCUGGGGAGUUUCGACAGCAUUGUGCGUCGCUGUAUGAUCGAGAGGGAGCAGUCCAAAGCAGCGGACAAGAGGGAGUAAUACACCCACCCCAACCUCCUCCCUCAUACACCCCCUCCCCCGCCUCUCCAUCCUCCCCGAGUCAUAGCCACUGAAGAACCCAACCGAGCCACCACUCCUCUCCCCUCCCCUUCUCCCCUAGAGGGCACAACCCUGGGUAGGCUAAAUGGCCAGUCAUCUCAUCCAACAGUGAUAAUAUCUAAGUAAAGAAGAUGGCGGAUGUCUUUUCCACUUGACCAAUGAUGUAACACAUACCAUUCUUGGCAGCCAUUUUGUCAUUAUUCCAUUGAUAUUUACUUUUUUUCCUUCCAUGCAGAGAGGUAAGUAAGGGAUAGCCAGUCUGACAGAUUAUGUCAGCAUGUUGACCUGCAAUUCCUUUACCAAGAGUCUGACAAAAUACCAACGCAAACAAUACUGUAUGUCAUGCAGACCAUUCUGAGUAAGCUAGCUUCAUCACCUUAAACUCUAUCUUCACCAAAUGCAUUCUGUUCCGCCUUCCAAAGCUUUUUUCUUUUGCAGGCAGGGCUUCUUUCCUCUAUAUUCACUCUGUUUUAACCUGUGCCCCUCCAUGUGCUGUCAAUGUAGUGUGGUGUUUUGGCCCAUGCUGUGGAUGCAUUAACUAAACUUCGAGGUGAUUUUAGUCAUUUUGGGCUCCCGAGUGGCGCAGCGGUCUAAGGCACUGCAUCUCAGUGCAAGAGGCGACACUACAGUCCCUGGUUCGCAUCCAGAUUGAAUCACAUCCGGC